UGUGGCGGAUUACGUUCAUGUGUGUGGUAUCUUAACAGCCUGUUCACACGGCAUUUUCUAUCGGAGUGCUCGAUAUUGCAGAGGUAUUGUGCACGGUAAACAAGCAUUCUGGCACUGAGAGGGCGAGGAAAGCGUUGGAUGUACCUCAAUUGAUUAGUACAGGGUGGCCAGACUACCCGAUUCGGCUAUGUUUACAAGCAGCUGAGAGUGACCCAUAAUGUUGCAAUGCGGGUGAUGAUAGCGUGACCCUUGCCCUUGUUCUGCUUGCUGUUUACGCAAGUGGAAUAUAGCUUGCCGUCUCGAGAGAGGUCUGAAAAACGCCACUUGGCAGUUCAAGCAACGGAGACUUGGAUAGUGGCUUUUUGAUACGGAAAUUACCCGGUCCAGAUCGAGGAAUAUUCACAGCGGUCAGGCGCCCUUCUCAUCGCGGGCUGGAUUUACCGUCCAAGAUGUACCCAAAUAGGCACCCAGGUCCCCCACAGCCAGGGCAACCUUUCAAGUUCACGGUGUCGGAGUCAUGUGAUCGUGUUAAGGAGGAAUUCAGCUUUUUGCAAGCCCAGUACCACAGCCUGAAGCUGGAGUGUGAGAAGUUGGCUCAGGAGAAGACAGAGAUGCAGAGACAUUAUGUAAUGUACUAUGAGAUGUCCUAUGGGCUCAAUGUUGAAAUGCACAAACAGACUGAAAUAGCGAAAAGACUAAAUGCAAUUUGUGCCCAAGUCAUCCCGUUUUUAUCCCAAGAGCAUCAGCAGCAGGUGGCAGCAGCAGUUGAGAGAGCCAAACAGGUGACAAUGCAGGAACUUAACGCAAUUAUUGGGCAACAGAUGCAGGCUCAACACCUCCCCCAUGCCCAUGCCCCGCCCAUCCCGAUGCCACCCCACGCCACAGGGCUUCAGCCCCCCAUACCCUCAGUGUCGGGUUCGGGUCUACUGGCACUGUCUCAGAACUCCAGUUUCGCUGCACAUGCUCAUAGUGUUCUCAACGCUCACAAGGAAGAAAAACGCAAUGAAGAAGAAGAGAAACAUCGUUCAUCCUCGUCUCCACAUGAUCGCAGCCGGUACCACAACCGUAGUCGUUCGCCUGAAGUUAACAAUAGGGCUGCAAAAAGGAAAAGAUCAGAUAACAAAAAUGGGGAAAACGAUGGGGAGGGAAGCGAUGCAGAAUUGGUCGUUGAUGUCGGUGAUGACAACACAUCUCCGAUGAAUGGCGACUUGUCUCCUGGAGAGAAGGCCAACAAAGACCUCCUCAACAACAACAACAACAAUAAUAAGAAGGUUGAUGAUAGAAGCAGUCCUCGUAGCGACACAUCUUCCCACGGAAGUGGAACAUCUACCAAACAAAAAGAGAAUGACAAGGCUGCUACGCCCGUCUCCAAAUCUGCCACACCCACAAGUUCAGGAAGUGCUACCCCCGGACCAUCAGGCCCUUCUGUUGCCGGGAAACCAGGUGCCAAAGUCCAUCCUCUUGAGGUAUCCGUUUUACCACAUGGGGAGCUGAGUCCAAACAAUUUCAACGGUGUUCUCCAUAACAGUAUAUCUCCAGGGCCCUUCUCCAGGCCAUUGGUAGGAAUUGAAAGCUCUCCAGCCCAUAUGCGAGGAGCACUUGGCAGCAUUCCAGGGGGAAAACCAGCAUAUUCCUUUCAUGUGAGUGGAGACGGUCAGAUGCAGCCGGUGCCCUUUCCUCCAGACGCUCUGAUUGGUCCAGGCAUUCCACGUCAUGCUCGGCAAAUCAACACAUUGAAUCAUGGGGAGGUUGUGUGUGCCGUUACCGUUAGCAACCCGACCAGACACGUGUAUACAGGAGGCAAGGGCUGUGUGAAGGUCUGGGACAUCAGUCAACCAGGCAACAAGUCUCCUGUCUCCCAGCUGGACUGUUUGCAAAGAGAUAACUACAUUAGGUCUAUCAAGUUAUUGCAAGAUGGCCGCACACUGAUAGUGGGAGGCGAGGCCAGCACAUUGUCAAUAUGGGACUUGGCAGCAUCAACGCCAAGAAUCAAGGCCGAACUGACGUCAAGUGCCCCUGCAUGUUACGCCCUUGCCAUCAGUCCCGAUAGCAAAGUCUGCUUCAGCUGUUGUAGUGACGGAAACAUUGCAGUCUGGGAUCUCCAUAACCAGACACUGGUUAGGCAAUUUCAAGGUCACACAGAUGGCGCUAGUUGUAUCGACAUCUCCACAGAUGGAACAAAACUUUGGACAGGAGGUCUGGACAACACAGUCCGAUCUUGGGACCUGAGAGAGGGUCGUCAGUUACAGCAGCACGACUUCACAUCCCAGAUCUUCUCCCUGGGGUACUGUCCUACAGGGGACUGGCUCGCUGUCGGCAUGGAGAGCAGCAACGUGGAGGUGCUCCAUCAAUCCAAGCCAGACAAGUACCAGCUUCAUCUGCACGAGAGCUGUGUCCUCUCUCUCAAGUUUGCUUACUGUGGCAAGUGGUUCGUUAGCACGGGUAAAGACAAUCUCCUCAACGCAUGGAGAACGCCAUAUGGAGCAAGUAUUUUCCAGUCCAAGGAGUCUUCCUCUGUGUUGAGUUGUGACAUAUCAGCUGAUGACAAGUACAUCGUUACUGGCUCCGGCGACAAGAAAGCCACGCUAUAUGAAGUCAUAUUCUGAUUGGAUGAGGUUAAACCAACAUGUGAAGAUUCCAUGGCCGUGUUAUGUGAGGCUAAAACAUCUACCUGUUGCAGCAUCGGGCCCAGCAUCAAGAUGCAUCAUGACGAGAAGGAGCAGCUUGUACGAUCAUGUGAUUGUGGAUACAAUAUUCAAGUGCUACAUACAGAGAACGGAAGACCAUGCUGUUCAUGUCUGGAACAUGACAACUGGGUUAGAUAUCGACGUCAUCAGGACAGUCUGUUUCCAACAGUGUAAUGUGUGUGUGAGAGUUUUUUAUGUAUAUAAAUGAUUUAUAGUGCACUGUCAACAAAUAUUUCGAUUGAAGGUCUGAUACAGCUUUUCAAGAUUUAUUUGGCAUUUCAUGGAAGUAUAAGACCAUGUACAAGCCAAGUUAUGGAAAUAUUCAAGGCAUGUAUAAGGCAAGUCAUGGAAAUGUACAAGGCAUGGUCAAGCCAGGCCACUGAAAACUGGAAGUCAUGGACAAGGCAUUCUGUGCAUGGAUUCAAGGGCAUGAAUAAGCCAUAUCAUGAAAAUGUAUAUGUACAAGUCUCUCUUGAAAUAGUAAUAGAAAUAUACAAGGGCAUGAAACACCAGUCAUGGAAUGAUACAAGGCACUCACAAAGAAAAUACACAAGGCAUGUACAAGGAAAUAUAUGAGGGUACAAGCAAGAUAUGACAUUCAAAGGUACAAGGAGAUGUACAACAUGGUGACAGAAGCCAUCUACAAGGGAUAAUCAAGAGGAACCCAACAUUAUGCCAAAUAGGCAGACAUUGUUGUAUGUCAGAAUACAUUGACAUAUGCACAUGUUGUUUUAGUAGACCUAUUAGUGUGUGUCUCACUUACAUAAAUAUUGUCAUCUAUUUCAGUCUAUUGACAUUGUGAAAUCUACAUCUCUGUAUAUAGCGACAUGUACAAGUGAUUGAUUCAGCCUCUCAGCAUUUCACGUCAGUGUUUCAUCAUAGUAUAUAAAUAUAUAUAUAUAUAUGUGUGUGUGUGUGACUGCUGAACACAGGAAUCUACAGUCAUGCAUCAUGUUUUAAAACGUGUGUCAAAUAUGUGUCAUGUGUUCAAUGGACAAAGUUUUUGUUUAUUUUGAUCUUCAUGUUGGACAUAUGAUGACAUUGAUGUGUUUUCCCUCGACCACUUCUCGGUACUGUACAUGAUUGUCUGUAAUCAGCAUCUGUGGAGGUAACUUCAAUGUGGGAAGUGUCAGGAACCAACACCACAUGUUUCAGGAACAUGAGAUUCUGCAGAACACCUUGGAACCAAGACAUCUCUGUUAUAUAUUUUUCAAAUGUAUGAACUAGAAAAAACUUCAAGUCUUUGAAGAAUCUACUGGCAUCCUGGCAAAUCAAGACUUUGGCUUUAAUACAUGGAGUGGUAACAAAUGUUGACUCAAGUGUGUUAGCACUUGGAUAUAUUCCUGGACAAAUAAACUACAUUAUCCUGAGGAAAUGGUUUAUUGACCACAUGGUGUAUACAUAACCCCUCAUCAUCCAAAGUUGGCGUAUUUGGGUCUUCUCCAUGGAUCUGCAAACUGACAAGUUUCAAGCAUAUGGACUCAGAUAGCCAGAGAGAUUAACAUGCUUGCAGUCAUAUGGACAUCUCAAAUGGACCUAGAGAUUGACAUGAUUGACAUACCUAUACCGGACCUUUAAGUGAACAUGUUUCAACUCUAUUGGCCCCUGAUGUCCUCAGUUUCAGACAUAUAAGAUGCCACCUUUCAUGGACAAGUUCAUGGUAAAAAAAUAGACAUGAAGCACCUGUUAAAUAUGGAAAUAUGCAUCAGGAGUGUGGAAAAUAUUUCUGUGGACAUUUGAAACUCUCGACACACUUAAGUCAUAAGAACAUGUUGGCAUUGUCUGAAUAUGGAGAUGUGCUGAAUUUGGAUGAACAGGAAGUGCCACACUUGGACUGAUACAAAGUGUCAUUCUUCAAGAGUUUCAUGGAACUUACCAUUUUGUAUAUAGUCUUCAGCUAUAUGCCAUGCUAAUCAAUUAUCAGUUGCAUUACAGUGAUCUCAUAGAUUUGACCAAUCUUAUUCAUGCUCAGGACAUGCUUCAUUUUGUUGACAUAUCUGCUUGAGAACUGCCAGUAAUGUGAAAAUAAGAACUGACCAUGAAGUACCUGAGCAGGGCUUUUAUGUCUUGGUAGUAACAAUGCCACAUGGAAAGAUAUGUUAUUUAGAGGUUUACAUUCAGAUCAGUAUUUAAACCAGUAGAUAAAUCUGAAGGGACAAUUUAUUUGAGAUUAUAUGAGUUUAAAGAGUAAUAUAUUGUUAAUCCUUGAAGAGUAUCAGCUGAAUAGAAUGAUGUUGACAGUGCUACCGUUGAAUUCUUUAACCUAUUUCAGUAGAUAUGCCAAACUGAUUUUUUUCGACUGACGUAUAUGUAAGGUAAGAAAAGUAUUGAUGCAACUUCAGAUAAAUGAAACUUUGAUAUAGAAAGUUAUCUAAGAAGUAUGUAGCUGUAAUUUUUAAACAUUACUCAUAAACUCUUAUUGUUCAUGCUAAUACCAUGUUUUUGAUGUUACAAAAUAUUUGCCAGAUGAUUUCCUUUGAAGUAUUGUCAUUUUCAAAGAAGCUUUUUGAAAACAAAGGAUGAUCAUUUAAGCAAAAAUUUCUGGCAUGUAAUCAACAAAGAUCUUGAUAUCAACAUGAUAAUGUACAACUGUUUCCAUGGUAACACAAAUGUAACGAAUAUGAGUUGAAUCAGGGGCAAUGUUUAUGAUCAAUGUAACUUACAUAUUUUAAAAGAUUCAGAAAUGGAAAGAAAAUUGUAUAAAUCUUGAGAUUUUGAAUUGUUUGUAUUUAUUUCUGUGGCCAUUUGUACAAGGACUUCUGCAGUGCCAGAAAUGUUGUGAAAUGUUGGAAUAUUAAUUUCUGUGGUUGUCAGUGUUUUUGUUAAGCCAAAUAUACAUUUAGUGUAUUAAACUGUGUUAUACGAAUGAAAGUGGAAGCAUUGUUCUGUGUUGUGAUUGGAAUGAGUGAAUAUUUCAUACAUGUCAUUUUCUUAUCAAGUUUUAACAGACAGUAAAUACAGAUUCUGUAAUAUCUGUAUGUCAGAAUGAAUAUUUGAUGAAAUAUAUUUGAUGUUACUUGAGUAGUACAUUAGUCUGAAAUGUUUACGAUUUAUAUCAAUGGGACAGAGAUAACUGCUUGGGCUGUGUUUGCAACUAUUUUUUUCAAAUUACCUGAAGUUUACAAAAUGGGAUUGGUUGUCAAUAACAAGGGGCAACUCAUUUGCAGAAAACCAGAUUGAAUUAAAAAUGAAUUUUCAAAUUGUAUUUUUGAAGUUUGAGUUUUAUCCAAAGUGAAAUGACAAUGUUUUAGUAAAACACAAAGAAGUAAACCACAGGAAUGACAAAGAAAACAAUGCAUUUGGAUAAAAUGGAAUUUGAUUGCCAAUACCAACAAAGACUAACUAAAGCUAAAUGCUCAGAGUAUUUUGUCAGUCGUCAAAGUGAACACGUAGAUUUCUUUAGGUAUGGUAACUCCAAUAUGUGUCGUAGCGUGAAUGAGUGUCUGUACUCUUCUCCUGUUCAUUUGCAUCCAUAUUUCCUCGAAAAACAUUUUAACAGUGUUCAACAAUAAUUUGACUAUCAAUGCUUUCCGCUUUCCUUUUGGCUUUCACCUAACCUUACUGAUCCAAAGAACCAUUAUCUUUAGACAAAUUCUGAUAUUAAUAUUUCACAGCCUGCUGUAAGCUACAUGGUUGGGAUGUCAGAACUGCAAUGAACACGAUAAUGUUUGCAAAUAACAACCCAGUGUCAGGAACUGGUUUCCUCCCUGCUUCACUAACUCUUGCAAUCAACACCAGAGUGCUGGUAAUACGCAUCAGUAGAUAUACUAAGAUUCCAUUAUGUUUGCAGUGGGCAUCAAUGAGGCCUGCAAUGAACCACGAAGCACUAUUAUUUGUCUUCUUACAAUUCUACCCCUUCACAUUUACUUCCCGUUCUAGAACUGAUCGUGGCAGCUUGCAGUUCAAAAGAUCCAAAUCUAUCAGGAACUGUAUGGUCUCAAAGGGACAGAUACACCUGAAUAGUUUCAACAUAAGUUGACGCAAGGACAUGUAAGUAGGAAUAGCAAGAUGAGUUGUGACCGUGGACAAAUACCUUUCCCUGUCAUCUAGUUUAUUACGUGUCAGUGAUUGGUGAUUGUUCACAAUAUUGGCCAUAUAUUUCCUGACUGAGUUGACCUAAUAGCGCCAUCACACUGUCAUCACAUUUCAUUUGCUACACAAUGACAUUAACUUACUACAUGAACUACCAACACGGUCAUAAUACAGUUCUAUUCAAGCACAGGCAAAUUGUAGCGCAAAUAGGGUUGCGCAACAAAGAGAAAA